AAUACCUUGACACCUAACGAAUCCAACCUUUAACUUAGGGAAGAUAUGUCAUGAAUGCACAAUCAUUAAAUAUGGCUGGAAAGAGUAUAUUUUCCUAAAUUUGAUACCUGAAUGUCCAUAUUUAUGCUGUAAGGAUUAAGCCUGAGUCAUGUGAGUCAUAUCGAUUAUUUUGAAAACCAGUAUCGAUAACAAAGACUUCAAGAUGGCGACCAAAACAGACUGGGUAGCCUAUAAAGUGAAGUUAGUGAUGUAUUGUAUCGUACUUUGCAAUGUACAAGAAAGGUAGUGCUGUGUGUGUGUGUGUGUAACACUGUGAGGUGAGUGUAAUGUCGGAACCUAUAGAUGAAUUGAUCAAGAACAGCAGAUUUCUGUAUACCGGUAAUCUCUUUUGAUACUUUAAAAUCUUUAACUUAAUUUUUGUUUCUUGGUUACUCAAAUAUGCAUGUAAAUGUGAGGAUUUAGGAAGUGAGUGUGAUUUUUUUUUUUUUUUGUGAUAAGUCCAAAGUUGGGGGUGCAGUUAAUCCACGGGUGCGGUUUAUAGUCCAUUACUUACGAUAGGUCUACAGUCCACCGACUAAUUUGGUAGGCAGGUCUGGUGUGGAGUAUGUACAGCGCCAUUUUAAAAUAUUCUAAAAAGUUACCAAGUGCAGCUAAAAAAAAAUGCUUGGAUAAUCAGUAGUUAUUUAUUUGCAGGGAUGUAGAUCUAAAUUUUGACUUGCUUUAGAGUCCAGACCUGUAGGUAAGGCACAACUUCAAAUGAAUGAAUCCAGAGAUGCCAAUGCAAAAUCCUUCAUGAGUUAGCUAGCUUAUGGUUUAUACCUCAAGUGAUGUUCGUGUAGGCUCCACUCCACUUCACUACCCCAACACUACGCUCCACCUACCCGAACUUCCAGGUGGUGAACUCGCUCUGAUACUCUGAGUGAUAAAGGUGGGAUUUUAUGGGGGGAAAUAUAAAACUCGUGCACCAACACGAUUUUGAAAAGAAUAAAAAACUUCCUACUUUUUAUUUUAAUUUCACUCCAUAUCCAUCCUCUGGUUAGUCUCAAAAUUGGUGAUUUAGAGCCAGUAUCGGGUUCCUCACACGUGUUAAUUCACUGCCGAUUCCGAAACAACGCAAAUCGCGCAUUCGCGGAAACCGCAGAUUUCAAAAAUGCGAAACGAUCCCAAUCUAUAAAGGCUAGAGUGUAAGUUUUAGUAGAGAGUGAAAAUAAUUCGGGUGAUUUCAAUUUCAGUGUUCUGUGUUGGUGUUGAGAGCAUGAAAAGGCCGUUGAAUCAAGCUCCAACACCGAGCUGGGUUCAGAAGAACGAUACCCAAUCACAUUUUUGAUAGCUCAUGACGUCCUGUCCUCUCCCAAAUAUUAGUUGAAAUCUCCCUGGUUGGGUUGCCAACAAUUUUUUCUUUUUACUUAUGAAGGAAUAUUCAAUGCUAAAAGAUAACAUAUUCAAAUAACAUGCAAAGCAAUUCAAGUAAAUUAAUGCUUUGUAAAUGCAUUUUGAAAUCAUAAUUAAAAAAUUAUGACAAAGAUAAUGACAAGGUUAAGAAGAAGUCUGAUGAUUAGCAAAUGUCUUAUCGUCAAUACUUUCUCAUUUUCUGCCACUUGGCGCAAGCUUUUUUUUGACACCCUUACAAAAAUGUUCUGUGUUCGCUACAGUCUGGAACAGGGCGGUACAAAGUCCUUAUGCAGAAAUGGGGCUACAACAUAGUUGGGGACACUGCUUGCGAGUGUGGGAAGGAUCAGACAAUGCAACACCUUCUGGUCUGCCCCCUCCUACCAGAGCCGUGCACUGCCAAAUAUCUGGAGUCCUUUAACCCCAAAGCCAGAUCUUGUACCCUCCACUGGACGGUCUUGUGUAGUGACCCGACAAGAAGAGAACAAAAAAAUCUAGCUACCAGUUACAAGGAUUUUAUCCUAUUUUGUAGGCUUUUGAGGGGAAAAGGAUACUUAAUAGGAUUUUCCUUUAGAAAUUAGAAUUUUUGAAACUUGUUAGGAUAAUGACUUUGAAUAUUAUUUCAUAAGUAUAUUUAAAAUAAAAAUAGGAUUUUAGGCCUGAAAAAAGGGAUAAAAAGAAAUAAAGAAUAUGAUUUUUUCACAAUUAAGUUUGGCAGCUCUGUUUAAGAAAGUUCAUUCACUUGUCAUCGGUCUAUCUCUAGAAAUCAAACGAGUGGAGAAUGGUGGAGAUAUCUUACAGAAGGAAAACAGCGGAGACAGCGGUGGAGAAAGAGGGAAGAUAAAUCCAUUAGUGAUUGAUGUCAGCUCAACAACACCAAUUAAACUCUGUGUCAAAAUUCUUAUUCCUGUCAAAGAACAUCCAAAGUUUAAUUUUGUAGGUAAAUUACUUGGACCAAGAGGGAACUCAUUGAAGAGAUUACAGGAGAUCACAGGAACAAAGAUUGCCAUCUUAGGCAAAGGAUCUAUGAGAGAUAAACAAAAGGAAGAUAAACUAAGAGAAGAAAACAAUCAGAAAUAUGCACAUCUCAAUGAAGAUCUUCACGUCCAGAUUGAUUUGAUUGGAUCACCUCAUGAAGCCUAUUAUAGAUUAGCACACAGUAUUGCAGAAGUACAGAAAUAUCUUGUUCCAGAUCCCAAUGACACCAUUCGUCAAGAGCAGCUGAGAGAACUUGCCGUGAUCAGUGGAUCAUUCACAGGUCCUCCUCCCAAUGCACCUGGCUCUAGAGUUAGACCAAGAGGACCAGGACCAGGUUGGGGUGGUUGCCCUCCACCAAUGAGAGGACCUCAUCCACAUGUUGGACCCAUGCACAGUCCAGCCAGAAUGGGUAGCCCACCAGGCAGAGGUAUGCCUAGAGGUGGAGGCAUGACCCCCAGGGGGGCACCAACAAGAGGUAACUCAAGAGGAUUAGCAAGAGGGGGAUUUAGAGGAGGAGCUAGUGGACAUAGAAUGAGUGUGCCUCAGUACGGAUCAUCGCCGGUUGAAGGAGGUGAUAACUAUUAUGAUAGAAGCUAUGACCAAUCAUACGCUCAAGGCUAUGAGGACACAAAUACCGGUGGAGCUACAAGUGUUCAAGAAUUCAGCGCUACAGGCGAAGGGUAUUCAGAACAAAGCUAUGGAGGGGCUUCAGAGACUGAGUCAACGUGGUCAAGCGAGGGCACACAAAUGCGACUCAAGUACCCAUCAGCUAUGCACCAAAAAGAGACAAUACGCACACACCCAUACAACCGGUACUAACUUCAUGUUUUCUCUCUCCAACAACCGGAAACGUAUGCAACUCGUGUCAACCCCCGAAGAUUGCGGGAUUUUGUUUGAAAGAAAACGUAUGGUUCCUGAACGUAUGGUGUGCAUCAUGAAAGUCCUUUGGUCAAAACACUUUAUAGGAUACCAAAGCCAACGCCAGGUUUGGGGGAUUAGAUGCGUGAGAAAUAACAGUAUUUUAUGGAGCUCUUACCAGAUGUAUUACACUUGCCACAAUGGAAUGCAUGUUCCCAUUUCACAUUGUUAAUUUCAGCUCCCAUCUCCCGUGUUUGUCUAUUUAUUUUGUCCCCUCCUUUCGUUUUCCUCCUAGAAUGUAGUGUUCAUGUCUAGUGUCUGUCUUGAAAAGAGCACAAAUGAUUUGUAGUCCCAAUUCUUUAACAAAGAAUGUGAAGAGGGGGGGGGGGGGGGGGUUGUGAGAGAGAGAGAAAGAGAGGGAGUGAAAGAAAAAGUGAAAAUGAGAGAGAGAGAGAGAACGGUGAAAGAGAAAUAGAAAGAAAGAUGAUGAGAGAGAGAUGGCGAUAUUCUACGUUGAAAUUUAGGAUACUAUUUUUUUUUUAUUGACAGUUUUCUUCCAACACAUCUUAUUCUUCCAUCAGAAAAGUGUUUAUUGGGUUUGUCUACAGUAUAGGUUGCUACAUUCUCCAGCAUGGUGGAAAUUUGUGAUAUGAACAUGUAUGAUAAAGCCUGGCUCACUCAUUUGUGUUUAAUGGGCUUGCGUUCUCCUAUGGAUGGCCUGAAUGCAGACAAAUCACAGUCAAACAAGGUCAAUACACAACUAAUGCAGAUGUGUUCUACCUGUAGCUCGUUGGUUAAAACAAUUUUACAAACGUGUGUAGCUGAAAGCAACCAAAUUUCAUAUGAGCAAAGACAAGUGAAAAUGAGCAAAUGGGAGUGAGGAUAAGCAAGAGCGAGCAACAGCCACGGAGGUAGGCCUAAACGCAAAUUUAGUGCUUGAUUUACCUCGAAUUACCUCGCUUUAGCUCGCAUCACGUCACUUUACCACGUGCAAUUUUGUAAAAGCUCCAACGAGCUUGUAAGCAGAAAUGUGAUUGCAACUGAAUAUUUUGCUGUGUAGUAUGCUGCGUUGGCUGUGUAUUGCUCUUUCCGGCUAAUGCAACAAUACGCAGCUUAAAACACUAAGGUGUGAGCUAGGCUUAUAAGAGACAACCCCCUUCUCUCAUUCUUUCUCCUGUUGCUCUCUUUCUCUCUCCCUCCCUCUGUCACUAUAUCUCCUUAUACCCCUUUUCUAGAUAUCUUUUUCUAAAUCCUUUUUUUAUUUUUAUGUGUUUUGUAUCCAUUUGUAUUUUUGCUUGUUGUCGUCUUCUUCGCCUCACUUUACCAUCAGUUUGGGUGAAUAAUGGGUUCCAUGAUACUUGCUCCGGCGACAAUUGCUCUGCUCUAAAUUCCACACAGUAAUCAAAUGACCAACUUCAACCCUGGGUUUAACACUAUACCCUACCCUAAACCUAUACAUAAAUCCCAAUUGCAACCCUAACCCUACAUCUUGGACAAAAUUAAGCCCGGAGCAAUUGUCGCAGGAGCAAAUGUUGUGUCGACAAACGAACAAUUUUAUCAAAGGGACCCGAGAAAAAAAAAUUGUGUUUUAUAUUUUCAUCCCCUCCUAAACUUACAUGUUGCAGAAUUCACGCACCAGUCAUUUGGCAGUGAAACUGACCCCACAGAUAUAGCUAUAUGGUAUCUUUGUAUGUGAGGGGUUGGUUUCACUGAGGCUUUGAAAAAUCCACUAGAAUGUUAAGAUACGUGAAAUACAAAUCAGGGGAAGGAAGUCUUGUCAAAAAAAUGUUUUUAAAAAUAUCUGUCCUGUAAGCCAUUCCAUGUUUUCUUCAACCAGAUAUACUAUGCCAAUUAUAAGUGGGCUUUUCUGUGAUUUAGAAAGUCUAUGUUUGUGUUCGAUGUCGUGCCUGUUGCACUCAUCUCAUAUGGGUCAGUUUUAUUAAGAAAUCCAAUAUGUUACAUACAAUAUUAUUCAGUGUUUAAUGUUACCUGCAUCUUGAAAAGUAACAUGGAAAUAAAUGUAAUAAUUAGAGCCCUGUUUUUAAAGAGACAAAAUUCAUCUAACCAAUAUCAAAUAUGGAAAGCAGUUGUAUGGAAAGCAAUUGUCAAUUAAUGUUGAAUUUAGAUUUACAUGUAGAUGAUGUCACCACUCGCGAUGGAAUGCGCUAUCAGUCAACAUUGUUGAUCAGUAACCAACAAAUUGGCACAAAUUUACAAGGUAGUUUUGAAACCAUGGUUUAUGCAUAUUUCAUACAUCGAUUAUGCUUAACUCAGUGUACAUCUAUUUAUUAAGAAAGCAUCCCUCGGAUAGGACGUUAAAUGGAGGCUUCGUCUAGAGGAGAGUCGCCACCUUUGCACGUUAAGAACCCACUGCACUAUUCGUAUAAGAGUAGGGGGAAACCCCGGUGUAGUGGUCCACCGGCACUCCACCAAAUCAGUUAUAUCGGGAGGAGAGACCUGCAGGUCACAGUGAUUCAGUUUGCUUUUCGCCUCCCAGGCACAGGUUACGGAAAACAAAUAAUAAUAGUGAAUGUACGCUUUUUCACAUCACGUGAAAAGAUGCUUAAUACUAGGCCCUUUUUUUUUUAAGUUAUACCGAGUCAAGAGCUGCGUGUUAACAAAUUUCUAUAUAAGCAUUUGGCUCAUUCAUGCAGUAACAAAUCAACUUUCUCAGUAUAUGUGCUGAAUUAAGCAGACAUCAACUUUCUCAGUAUAUGUGCUGAAUUUAGCAGACAUCAAUUUUCUCAGUAUAUGUGCUGAAUUAAGCAGAAUUAAUGCAUGAAAAAUGCAUAAUAUUUGCAGUAAACUAAGGUUUCAUGAAAAAUAUGUAAAAAUCAAUUUUAAUGGUCAUGUCAUUGUAGAUUUAGAUCUGGUACCUUACAUAAACCUAACUCUGAAUCACCCUGAAGGUUUCCAACACAGAUUACCACAUGUGGGACGGUGUGUUUUAAUUGCUUGGAAAAAGACAAAUGGCGGGAACGUCGUUCUUAUUUUGCGACAGUAAUUUCUCAGCAAUUGGACAGUUUCUUGCAGAAUCCUUUGACACAUAUAUUUCAUUCAUACAUAGACACUUGGGUGAUUAUUUCAUCAGAUUCUCUACAAACUCAUUUAUCGUUAACCACAAGUGGCAUAUAUCUUUAACCAUGAAUUCAAAACUACCUUGAUAUAUUUGGGCUGAGUUGUCACAACUAUUCAUUCCUUGGUUGCAACCUAUUGGAUCUGUCUUGAUUCUUUGGGUGACAGGACUGGUUUCUCCUUUCUGUAUACAAAAAAGUGAUUAAUGGUUCCUUGGAACAAGGCUACACUGAGACUUGACUUUUCUAUUUAUAUGAAUGUCAAUAGACUGGAUGCAUGAAUUAUUUACACAAACAUUAAACAAGUAGAAAUAUGCAAUUUCAUAAUUUUACAAUACAAAUAUUCAUAAUUUGUAUUAUUCACUUUAUGAAUGUGCAAGAUUUUAUGAAAUGGGAUUAGAGUUGGAUGAACAUCAAACAAAGACCCUCUUUGUCUUCAAAGCCAUGGAAGUUCUGACCCGAGUUCCCUUAGAGAGAACUGUUGUUGGUUAUCAUUCGGGAGCUUUUGCAAUUGCGACGGAGACAGAUUCUACAACAUAGAAAAUCUAUUGUCAAUAGCCCUUAAUGACAAAGCAGUAUUUGUUAAAAAAAAAAAAACUGCAGUUUCAUCCUGGACUCUGGACCAACGACAUAUUUUCAAGUUUUCUUCAUCUGAGAAUCUUAGACCGAUUAGCUGUCCCGAUCCACCAAUUAAAGGCUUGUGAUUUGACAGGCAUUUUCAAUAGAUUUACUAUGUUGGAGAAUCAUCACCAUUACAAAAACUUGCUAUUGUACUUGUACUUCACAGAUUUUAUGAAAGGUUAGUAGAAAGAAAAUGCCAUAACUAUCGCGAAGAAAGAGUCUAUUUUUCUACUUUUUGUUGAAUGUUGCCCCCAAUCUUGUUGGGCAGUCUUGUGUCUAAAUGUGUUGUUCAUUGAUGUGAAAGAGCAUUUUCCAUGUUUAUUUUUGUACAGAAAUCAAAACCAAAAAUAUUCUCAAUAUGAGCAUAGUCACUGCCACUUGUUCUUAGCCUUAAAGGCAACAUGUUUUCUCCCCAGUUUCUUUUCUUUGCCUUCAAAGGGUUUUCUUCAUUUAAUUAACAAGGGUUGCAAUCAAAGUUAAGAAUCAAAGUGAGAUGAAAUGCCUUUGUAGGAUAAGAAUUUGUUUGCUCAGUACUUUAGAAAUGAGAGAAGUGUUUCAGGUUUACUUCCAGCUGUAACAUGUUUCGGCAUUGAUUAAUAUUAAAAAUAAAAUCAGAGAAGAAUGAGAAAUAAAAAAA